AUGCAUCCUUCAACUCUGUACAAAGGAUACCAGGCACAGCUUGCAGCUCGUGAGACUGCGCGUCAGCGCAUGCUGGCGACUGCGUGGGAAAUCGAGGAAACUGAACGCUUCAUCAUAUUCCUCAAUGCCAUACAUGCCGACAAUGAAGACCGGCUCAAACUCACAGACGACCAGUUACACGCCUUUAGGAACCUCUUUUCUGAGCGUGACUGCGUAGAUGCCGAUGAUGACCGAGACUAUCUUCAAGCGGUCUAUGAAGAUGAAUGCGAAAUUCUUAAGAUUGUCGCAUCCCAAGCUGAGCAUGUGGCAAAGGUCUUAGGCUCACGUGUCAGCAAGGCUUUCCAACAUGGGGUUGGAGCAUCCAGAUCGUCUUCGUUGCAACCUGGGUUUGUUGGUGAUGACAGUGUCGAUAAGGCAUCUGUAGAAUCCGGGGCCGAUGGUUCCGGAUCCCCCACUGCCGGCGGGGUUCCUGAUGACGACGACAACCCUAUAUAUCUGGGAACCCCUGAUAACCUUGGAAUUCAUCCCAAAGCGUCUUGCGUGGCCACCGCAAUUGAUUCUACCUUGAUGAGUACCCAACGUCGUGCGCCGCGCAAAGGUAAAACCACAAUUCCAAAACCUCCUCGAGGAUCUGGUCUCAACCCUUCCCAUGCGCCUGCGGACACGCAGAUCAAUAUUCCCGACGAACAACCGCGGCCUCCGGAAAUGUCUAACUUCGAUCCACAUCAGCGACAGCACGCCUUUGGUACAUAUAAUCAGCCGAGUCCCGGCUACUCAAAUCCUGGAGAUAGUAGCUCAGGUGCCGGGUACACCAACUCGCUCUUAGGCGCCGGGUACACCAACUCGCUCUCUAAUGCCGGGUACACCAACUCGCUCUCUAACGCUGGGUACACCAACUCUCUCUCUAGCGCCGGGUACACCAACUCUCUCUCUAGCGCCGGCUACACCAACUCUCUCUCUAGUGCCGGCUACACUAACUCUCUCUCUAGCGCCGGCUACACCAACUCUCUCUCUGCUGCCGGCUAUAGCGCCCAGUCCUCCUCCCAGUCCUUGUCUGGCGCUCAAUCCCCAAGGGCUGGUCCCUCAAACAUCAACUACAAUGUUCCAUCACUCGCGUCACCACCGAGCUCCCACCUUAUCGGGCCCAUACCUCAUUGGUUGGGCGGUGAUGCCGACGCCGCACGCGCACUGACACACAAUCCCAUACUGGACGAAAUACCGGUAUCCAACGUGAUACAUACUUUGGGUCCGGUGCGCUCUAUCGAAAGACGCCGACGCUCCCGACGUAUGCCCUCAACGCCGUCGUUGGCGCCUUAUUCGGCGCCCCCAUGCCCGACGCGUACCCCAAAUCCCAGCCCGCCUCCAUCCCCAACGCGCACUCCAAAUCCUGGCCCGUCCUCGGCUACAACGUCGAGUGACGUUGUCAUCCAGGUCAAGGUCAGUGCGGCGGACCGCGAGCAAGUCUACAGCCGCUCGCGAGACCUUAUCAAGGGCACCAUCUUCACGCCUGAUGCAAUCGCAUCAAAAUCUGAGGACCAGAGUCGCCUCGUCAGGGAUAUGAUCAAAGCAUCAGCGCCUUCCAUUCCGAGCCUUCGCGGGCUAAAUCGAUGGCCAUCGACGCCGAAAGAUGUGCCGACGAUUUGGCGGGGAGUGGUCCUAGUGCGUUCGACGAUGAUGACGAUUGCGCGACAAAACAUGGUGAUGGCAUACGACCUGCUCCCCGAACACGAUUCCAACAUCCCGCCAGAUCAAUUUCGUGUCGAUCGAGUAGCUAGUCUUGUGCGAGACAAGGCCUAUAUGCACAAACAUUCAUUUUCUCAAGACGGGACGGUGAUCAUUCACAACAAAUGCCAGAAUAAAUUCAUAUUCACCCUGCUCAUCAAACUCAUCUGGCUCUCGAAUCACGGACUUCACGCGCUACUCGGCAACCACCAAUCACCUCGUGAGGCACUGCAUCAUGCGUACUGCCUUGCAUGUUCAAUAACGGAGCAUGCAUUAUUGGAACAAGGCCAACUAAUAUUCACGAAGCAGAAGUUCUCGCCGACUGAGAACAAGACGAUAUUCGAUAGCGUUAAUUUUUUUCUAAAUUCUCUCAGUGAGGAGGAGAAGGCAAGUCUUGAUAGAUGGAAAGACCAUCUGAUUGUUUGUGGGAGGUCGCAACAGGGGUCUACUGCCAUUCUUUCCGAUUUCGACUUGACUAUUGAAACGUAG